AUGGCGGUUACAGUGACGCUGGAGCCGGCCGGCCGCUGCCGCUGGGACGAGCCCGUGCGCAUCGCCGUGCGCGGCCUGGCGCCGGGGCAGCCGGUCACGCUGCGCGCGUCCCUGCGCGACGAGAAGGGCGCGCUCUUCAGGGCCCACGCGCGCUACUGCGCCGACGCCGCCGGCCUGCUGGACCUGGAGCGCGCGCCCGCGCUGGGCGGCAGCUUCGCGGGGCUCGAGCCCAUGGGGCUCUUCUGGGCUCUGGAGCCUGAGGAGCCCUUAAUGCGGCUGGUGAAGCGGGAUGUGCAGACGCCCUUCGCCGUGGAGCUGGAGGUGCUCGACGGUCACGAACCCGAGGCCCAGCGGCUCCUGGGCCGGGCGGUGCACGAGCGCGACUUCCUGGCGCCCGGGGUGCGGCGCGAGCCGGUGCGCGCGGGCCGGGUGCGCGGCACGCUCUUCCUGCCGCCAGGCAGCAAACCCUUCCCUGGAAUCCUCGACCUGUUUGGAAGUAGUGGUGGCCUUUGUGAAUACAGGGCCAGCCUUCUGGCUGGACAUGGUUUUGCUGUGCUUGCCCUGGCUUAUUUCAGAUUCGAAGACCUCCCUGAACAUCUGAAUGAUGUGUGCCUGGAGUAUUUUGAAGAAGCUGUGGACUUCAUGCUACAGCAUCCAAAGGUGAAAGGCCCUGGUGUUGGGCUUCUUGGCUAUUCCAAAGGAGGUGACCUGUGUCUCUCAAUGGCCUCUUUCUUGAACAGCAUCACAGCCACUGUAGUUAUUAAUGCCUGUGUGGCCAACACAUUAGCUCCUCUGCAUUACAAAGAUAUGAUUAUUCCUGAGCUCAGCUAUGACCUAAAAAAAUAUACAAUCACUGAGUCAGGCUUUUUAAAUUUUGUGGAUAUUUGGGGCAACCCACUGGAGAAAACCAACCACCAAAGUCUUAUUCCAUUGGAAAAGGCCCAGGGGCCCUUCCUGUUUAUUGUUAGCAUGGAUGAUCAUAACUGGAAGAGUGAAGUCUAUGCUCAUAUAGCCUCUGAACGGUUACAAGCCCAUGGGAAAGACAGACCCCAGAUAAUCUACUAUCCAGGAACUGGCCAUUGUAUUGACCCACCUUAUUUUCCUCUUUGUAGAGCCUCUGUGCAUGCAGUUUUGGGCCAACCAGUAUUCCAUGGAGGUGAGCCAAAGGCUCACUCAAAUGCACAAGCUGAUGCCUGGCAGCAAAUUCAAACUUUCUUCCAUAAACAUCUCCAUGGUAAAAAAUCUGUCAGGCCCAGCAAAUUGUAACACUGUAAUCAUAGACCAUACAUUAAUAAAAAUCCUGGACUUUCCUGGUAGUCCAGUGGUUAAGACUCUGCAGGGCACAUGGUUUCAAUCUCUGGUCCAGGAAGGUUCCACAUGCUACAUACAGUACAACUAUGCCCACGUGCCACAACUCCUGAAGCCCAAACACUGUAGAGCCCAUGCUCUGCAACAAGAGAAAGUACCACAAAUGAGAAGCCUGUGCACCCCAACUAGACAGUAGCCCCACAACUAGAGAAAGCCUGUGUGCGGCAAUGAAGACCUCGCACAGCCAAAAAUAAGAAUAUAAAUUUAAAAUAAAUAAAACCAAC